AUGGGGACAGACGUGGCAAAGACUUCUUCGGCAUGCAUACUUCCAUCCAAUCCUUCGAGGACAUUGGAUGCACCAAAACAAGCAUUGAACUUUUUUUCAUCAGAGAAGAACAAGAGGCUAGAAGAUGGUUACUUUGAUCAGGCUUCAGAAAUUUGUGAAGUAGACGUUGAUGAAGAUGAACUUAAGGCCAAAAGAAGUAGUGCCCUUCACUUCCUUAACCAGAAGGGUUACUUUGCUCUGUUUGUAGUCCACGUUCCUCCAAUCAACUGUACUGAGAAUGAAAACAAGGGUGUCAUAGGUUCUGUGAGCAAAACCACGAGAGGGCAUAGAGUUGCAGUUCGAACCAAAGAGGUACUUGAUAAUGGUUAUAGAUCGAGGAAAUAUGGAAUGGCAUUUGGGAAGGGAAGUCCCCAUCCAAGGUUCUACUACAAAUGUUUGACAAAGGGUUGUUCAGGGAAGAAAUGGGUUCAGCGAGACUACCAAGAUACAAGAUUUUUGAUCACCACCUAUGAAGGGGUACAUGUCCAUGGCUGUUAUAACAUGGGAGUGUAUAAUUUGCACACUCCACUUUGUAAUGAUCAUAUGCCCAAUUACGUGGAAGACGCUGCUGAUUUAGCUAAGACUAUCAGCCCUACAAAAGGUGGGGAGGCAGCAUAUCCUAAAUCAUGGAGUUUACAAUUUUUGCGACCUGAUACUUCAUUUCUUGCUAGAUAUGAAGAUGUAUUUGAAGCAUCAAUACAAGAUAUGGUUGCACAACCAGAAUAUGAAGGUAUUCCCGAAGCUUCGAUUCGAGAUGAAUCCCAACAAUCAGGUAAUCGUUCAAUUCAAGCCUUUGAGAGGAUGUUUUAUUAG